GCUAAAAACCGAUACUGCUCAUCAGACAUCCCACAUCCCUAGUGUUAAAAAAAUAAAACGUCACUGUCAUUAGUGUCAUUUCAUAUUAGUAACGCGAGUGGUGUGGGUUGCAAUUACAUGGGAUCGGCGUGUUGAUUCUAUUGUUUUGAACGUAUAUUUGUUGGUGAUGGGGCCGCUGACCCCGUGUGGCUGCUGCCAGCUGCGCGCCGCGGACAAGGAGCUGCAGGCGCCGUACACCCGGCUCGGCGCGACCGAGGUCUACGCCCACAUGCUCCGAGAAUGCUUCGGCAUUCACGUGGCACUGAGCAGUGAAGACUCUUAUGGGAUCUGCUCGGUGUGCGUGGGCCGCCUGCAAGAUGCAAGUGACUUCAAGCUGCAAGUGCUGCGUACUCAGGCGGAGCUGCAGGCGGGGCUGCAACAAGAGGCGCAUGUUAAAAAAGAAGAAUUAAUAGUGGAGUCAGAAACGGAGUAUGGAGAUGUGGCCGGUGACGAGCCGGUGUCGGUAGCAUUAGUCGGCGCGGCUGGAGCGGACCCGGAGCCGGCGCCGUCAGUGUCCUUGCGCGCCAGACAGCAGCUCGCGAUGGCUUGCUGCGUGAGGCUCGCGCGCCUCCGCGACUCCCCGCGCGCGAGCCAGCCGUGCCCCGCGCCGCCGCCCGCCACUGUGCAGCGAGAGCCCCGCACACAACCCUACACCUGCGACACUUGCCAGGCGCACUUCACACACAAGUCUAGAUUAAUUACACAUAUACAGAACCUUUGCGAACGAAGAAACAAAAGUGAAACCUCCUUAAAACUGUUUACACAUAAAGGGAAAGUCAAAACAAAUGAGAAUACUCAGACUGAAGUUAAACUAUACGAAUGUAAGGAAUGUAUGAAGCGAUUUAGUCGAAAGCACUACUUACGUAUACAUGAAAGAUAUCACAGUAGAGUGAAACCUUAUGUAUGUAAGGUUUGUAACAAGCGAUUUACAGAAAAAGGGGCUUUAAAACGUCAUGAGAUAACUCACGGUGGAGUGAAGCCAUAUAUUUGUAAAGUUUGUAACAAGGGGUUUGCUCAAAAAGGGAGUUUGAACAUUCAUGAGAAUAUUCACAGUGGAGUGAAGCCAUAUGUAUGUAAGGUUUGUAACAAGCGUUUGAACAAUCAUGAGAAUAUUCACAGUGGAGUGAAGCCAUAUGUAUGUAAGGUUUGUAACAAGCGGUUUAUUCAUAAAAGGAACUUAAAAUAUCAUGAGAAUACUCACAGUGGAGUGAAGCCAUAUGUAUGUAAGGUUUGUAACAAGCGGUUUAUUCAUAAAAGGAACUUAAAAUAUCAUGAAAAUACUCACAGAGGAGUGAAGCCAUAUGCAUGUAAGGUAUGUAACAAGCGGUUUAGAUCUACAGGGCAUUUAGAAAGUCAUGAAAAUACUCACAGAGGAGUGAAGCCAUAUGCAUGUAAGGUAUGUAACAAGCAGUUUACACAAAAAGGGGGUUUAAAAUAUCAUGAGAAUACUCACAGUGGAGUGACGGCAUAUGUAUGUAAUAUUUGUAACAAGCGAUUUACUCAAAAAUACAGUUUAAAAUAUCAUGAGCGUACUCACAGUGGAGUGAAGCCAUAUGUAUGUAGGGUUUGUAACAAGGGGUUUACAUCUACAUCUAAUUUAAAAAGUCAUGAGACUACUCACAGUGGAGUGAAGCCACAUGUAUGUAAGGUUUGUAACAAGGGGUUUGCACUAAAGUCGACUUUAAAACGUCAUGAGAUAACUCACCGUGGUGUCAAAGCACAUACAGCACAAAAAAAAAGAGGAAUGAAACCAUACGGUUGUGAGGAAUGUAAUGAAGGGUUUACAAGAAAAGUUUAUUUAGAUACACAUAGAAAAAGAGCCCACGAUGGAGCCAUGUCAUAUAAAGGUUUAGCCUAUGACAUGCAUUUAACACGAAAAGGGGCUACAGAAAAUCAUGAAACAACUCAGCCGAAUAAUGAAAAAAGUAACAAACAUACAUAUGAUGGAAAUAGUUCAGAUAGGCAUAUUGGAGUGAAGCCAUACACUUGUGAAGAAUGUAAGAACCAGUUUCCAUCACAGUCGGAGUUAGACAGACACAAGAGGAUCCACUCCGGAGAGGAGUCGUACGAGUGCGAGAUAUGCGAAUCUUUAUUCUUCGAUGAAGCCAGUUUAAUAACUCAUGUUAAUACUCAUGCGGGCAGAGUAGAAAAUUGUUGAUGAUGGUUGUUAGGGACGCCCGUUGCGCGUCCCGAGACACGCGACGCUCUGGUGUGGCCGAUCACUUAGAUAAUGUUAAAUAAAUAAAUAAAUAAAAAAAUGUUUAUUUAUCAGCUCACAAAGGAUUCCGAAUUUUACACUAAAAUUAACUAAAUUAACAAUUUAAUAGGUGAAUCAAGUUGUUGAAAAUCCUUUGUGAGAGACUGGAGUCUGAACUAGGUUUAGACCUGUAUUACAGAUCACCAGGCUCUCACCCCGGAGAAAAAAUACUACACCUACACUAUCAUGUACUUAAAGACUAAGUACAAGCAUAUAGGUAAUUACAACAGAACUGAUAACAGAAUAAAAACAUACAAAAAAUAACAAGAAAUGAAAGAAGAAGGAAAAGCAAGAAAAAUAAAAUACUGAAAUAACAAAUAAUUAACACUUAUGCAUGCUACAAUAUUUAAAACAGGAGAAUGUGAGUUAAAAUGUAAAAGUGGGUAGUGAAGAGGGUCGUGUGAUGUUAAUGAUAUGCUACAAUUGCUACAUAAUUCUCAAUCUCGUCAUAGGUUAACGUUUGUAGAAAAUCAGUGACUUUCUGCUUACAUUCUCUUAGUGUAAGAGCGUAUAUAUCAAUAAGUUCGUUAACCUUAUUGUACAAUUUAGAACCAAUAUAGUCAACAUGGCGUCCAGCAACUGCAAGGCGAAAUUUUUU